CUACUUCAGGCUCUCUUUUCUCGUACUCUCUCUCUCUCUCUCUUAUUUGCGCAAUAACAAAUAAAAAAUAAAUCCAACCCAACUUUUCUAUAAUAACAGCACAUCUUAAGUUAUGAACAGAAAAAUAGAAAUACCCAAACAUAAACAAAAGGGCCCUUUCGGUUCCUCCGCCAUCAGCUUACUCGUCUCUUCCCUCUUUUCUCCCCCCACGGCCCACCAAAAGACAGACGAAUGUUGUCUCAAGUCGAUCAAUAACCUAUUGAGGAAUAUCCUCGAGUCAUCCCUUGGGUACCUGGGAAAAGUAUCAGGUAAAGGAUUAAUAUUGUUUGUUGGUGGUUUUAUUCUCCGGGUUAACCCAAGCCAAAGGCAACCCGUGAACUUUCCAAGUUUCGACCCAACCAACUUCAAAAAAGCAACCAAUAUCUGUGAAGAGAGAAGAAGAUUGAUCCGUUCCGGCGUGGCUGACACCCAGGAUUCAUCGUCAUUGGCCUCCACCUUUUCCAACAAGUGCCCUUUCAUGAUCGCGCGACGCGCAUCCGGUGGAGCCGCCCAGUGCGUCUUCCCGAUCCCUCAAUGGCCGUUACUCAGGGUUCUCGGGACGCGCGAAGGCUGCUGAUUUGUGGCGGAUGAGGAAUGCUCACUCCACUUGUGGGUCACCCACUCUGCGCAUAGCCGAGACAGAGGGAGAGGGGAGUGGGCGAAGGCUGGAGAAUUCCAAUCAGAAGAUAAUCCCUCUGACGGGCGCGCAACUCACCAUCUGAUUCCCGGACUCGGGGAGAGGGGUGGUGUAGUCACCGGAAAUGGACAAGAAACAAGUACCUGUAUCUGAAUGAUCAGGUUCCUUGCCCCCGGGGGAAGGUGGCCUCUAGAUCUAGUGUAUCCCUUGGGGUUGACGAGAAUCCCUCGUGAAACGCUUGUCGCACUGCCAAGAAAAGGGAAAAGUGGAGAAU